AUGGAUAAGGCAUUGUGUACCUCUCUGAGUUGCCAGUCGCGCCCAAAGCGAUGCCGUGGGAGUGACAACCCACAAUUUGGCACUAGCUUUUCAUCAGGAAGCAACGUCCCUGAGAUGUCUUUGUUGUCCAGCGCUGUGCAGCAGGCUGUUGAGAAGGUGUUUUCGGAACAUGCUAGUGAUGUGGGCUCGGAAUUGUUGAGCGAUGAAAUUUUUACUUCAUCAGUGUGUAGGGCAAUAUUACCUUCAGAGGACGGAGCGAAGCCACUGAGUGAUCAGGAAUUACAGCAGAGGGUUCGUUCGUGUUUGGAGGUUGUCCUUGCGGGAAAGGUGGAUGAAGAGAGGCAGUUACUAGUUUCCGAGGCACUUACGCACCAGUUAGCGGAGGUACUGCUCAAAGCACCUCCUUUGAUCGCUGCGACUGGGGUGUCACAGGAGGAAAACGUGCAGCCGGAUGUCAAACGCGUACGUUCAGUGUUUGCGGGCUCUUCCAUGUCCACAGUGAGAGUAGGUGUGGCACCCGUGGGGAAGGUGAAUUCCUCAGGGUCCCUGUUGCCGCCACCGGCGCCGCUUUCGAGCGUUUUUUCGGGGAGUGCUGUUUAUCCUGUUCGCGUUGUCGCGUUCCACAAUUUGCCCUCGAAGUACUGCGAAAAGGAGGCACUAAAGGAACAGCUCGCCGAGAUAUGCGCUCGAAUACCCCAUUCAUACUAUCUGAACGUCCACUGCGUCCAAUCUGAACACAAAGCUAUUGCCUCAUUUGGUACGAAAGAGGCGGCUGCUGCGGUGGCAUUUAUAGUCAACACAUCAGGCAUACAUGCCCCACAGACGGACGGCAAGGAUGCGGGCGCACCGACUGUUUCUGCACAACCGGCGACUGAAGAAGAGCAGGAGGCGGUGUGGGCCCCUCUUGUCGAGCAAGUGAAGGCAUUGGAGGAGAGUUGGUCCUCUUGGGACGAAAAGUUUCGGGCAAACCCGCCAUAUAAACUUUAUCAGGAGUGGGUGGAAGCGAAAAACAGAGGUGUUGGCCUGGACGAGGCCCUGCAGCAACUUACCGCUACCAAUAAAGUUAGUGAGGGACAGGUGACAGACACUGCUAGUUACGGAGUAGUUGAGAGCGGCACCGCUACCGUGGGUUUAACACAAGAAGGUUUGCAGAAGAAGUUGGUGCUUCUUCAGGGUCGGCUGGAGUGUAAAAAAAUUAUCGAGCGGACUGAAGAAUGCAUGAGGGAGUUACUUGGGGACACAUUUAGUGGAAGCCUUGAACGCGCUUGUUCUGGACCCACGCACUCCACUAGUAGUGCAACACUAUCAAAUCCACGUAAGGCUCUCUUCAUCUAUGACCUGCCGCGACCCUUCGAUGACGUUGAGUUGGUGCGAUUUCUUCAAUAUGUUGGCGUAGAACCUGUCCACAUUUGGCGAAAUUCGGCAGUACCAACAACAGUUUGUGUCGAACUACCGUCCAUCGGUCGGGUAUUUACAGUCCUUCGGCAACUGGAUGGCACUAACAUGAAAUUCGCAGGCGCAACCUUCUCCCGUAAAUACGCCUCCACCCCUCAAAACGCGUCUUCCUGUCCAUUAACAGUGACAUAA